CACUUAAAAAGACAUUUGUUUGUUUUCUUUUUUAUUAUUGUCGCUUCCGUGCAUUGAAAAUCGAUAAAAAUGAGAGGAAGAAUUUAAAUAUUUAAUUGUUGAUACUGAUUGUAUGUUCGUAAUUAAUGAAACCUUUUUCAAUUAUUCUUAAAUAAUAUGGAUGCGGCCAAUAGAGACUCAUUAGACAUUAAGAAGUGGCACAACUAUUGUCGGUGUUGUAUGAAGACCGGUCAUUUUAAAGAUAUUACUGCCGAGUAUGAUUAUUACGGACAGAAAGAAAUUUAUGACGAAAUGCUUAAAGGAACGUUUAAUAUUCAGAUUCCUAGCGUUACUGAAUACCGUCAAAUUUGUGAAGACUGUACCUUGAGGUUGCGGGAUGCCACCACAUUCAAGCACAUGGUGGUGGAAACCAACAGAAUCUUCUCGGAGUAUCUCUCAAACUCACUGUGUGAUGUAGGAUUUAUUGCAGAUAAUAAAGCAUUAAUCACAGAAAUGAAACUGGAGUCUGUAAAAGUCGAAAGCCUACCGGUUGCCAGUGAUGUUUUCGAUGAUGAUGAUGAUUGCGUUGAUGACAGUCUCGAUGAUAACGAGAUUCUCGCCAAUAUAAAACUAGAGUUAAGCAGAGACAAUGUGAAUGAACGUUUGGAAUCCAUAGAGAAAUCAGUCAAACGGAAAUGUACCUAUAAGAAUGUUCCAGAAUCAAAAAAAUUUAAAUCGAAUAAAGUUGAUAUGGAUAAACCACAAAAAGACUGGCGCAAAAUAGUUGAAAGGCGCGGCAAUGGUCCGAUACUCAGGGAGAUAUCGCUGAAACUCCUCGCCAAUUCCACCAUGUGUGUAUUUCAAUGGAAUAAGAGCCGGUACAGAUGCUUCUGCUGCAAGGAACCCUUCUCCGAUAUGGACACGCUGAGGCACCACACCGCCGAGCAGCACACGUUGGAGAACAUCGAAAAGAAGAUCAUCUUCCAACAAAACAGGCUCGUCAAAGUCGAAAUCUCUGAACUAAGGUGCCGUCUGUGUAACAGAAAGAUGGAAACGCUGCAAACGUUCCGAGACCACUUGAGCACCACCCACGGAAUGGAGUUCACGCUAAAAGAAGACUUACUCGUACCGUUCAAGAUUCAAAAUGGCGAUUUGCACUGCCAGUUAUGCACGGAGAGCUUCAGUACAUUCAGACUGCUUAAUAUACACAUGAACAAACAUUACCAGAAGCAAGUGUGCCAUAUAUGCGGUGCUGGGUUCUCGAAUUUGGUGUUUCUGAACCUCCACAAAACGAGGUCCCAUCGUCCGUUGACUUGCAAAACUUGCGACGUGCUGUUCCCGUCGAAAACUGAGAAGAGACGCCACGACGCGGUAGUCCACGGGGUGAAAGUGGAGAGGAAAUUAAGAUUCCCCUGCCCAUACUGCAGCGAACGGUUCUACCAAGAGAAUUUCCGUGUACAACAUUUGGUGGAGAAGCAUGGAAUGGUGAAGCCGCAGUUCGCUUGUGCGGUUUGCUCGAAGAUCUUCAUCACGAAAAGCCUGUGCAACAAUCACACCAAGAAUGUGCACAUGAAGGAGAAGAAUCAUGAAUGCAACGUGUGCCAUAAUUUUUUUUACACCAAAUCCGACGUUUUGAGGCACAGUGUGACGCACACUGGCGAGAAAAAAUUCUCGUGCGGAACGUGCAAUGGACCGUUUGCGACGAAGGACUCCCUCCGGCGUCACAUGAAAAGAGCCCACAUGGGUUUAAAUUAAAUAUUUUUUGUUAAA